AUGGCUAAGGUGCAAAAGUUACUGUCAAUAUAUAAAAAUAAAUUUAAACAACUCAAAGAUGCCUACGAUGAGUUAGAUCGGGAAAAAGAACACAUCAAGACUGUUCUUCAACAACAACAAGAUCAAUCUAUAAAACGAUUGAGCGAACUUCGUGAACAAAUUAAAUUAGACAGACAAACAAAAGAACAUUUAGAACUACUUCAUCAAAAAGAGUUAAGAUCUAAAGACGUGAGAAUCGAUGAACUAAAUGCUAAACUUACGACGAACCAGAAUGAUUUGAUUGAUUUAUCACACAAAGCUGAUCAAGAUGAGAUAAAAAAUCUGAAAGAAAAAAAUAUUAAACUUGAAGGCUUAUUAUCACGUUGUAAAGAUGCCAUCAAAACUUCUCAAGCAAAACAAGAUGAGCUCGUUAAAAUUCAAGAGGAUUUAAAUCAACGUUUAAUAGAAAAAGAAUCGAUAAUUGAUUCAAUGAUGAGAGAGAAAAAUCCUGGUUCAACAAAUGGAAAUAGUAAACAUUUUGAAUCUGAAAACGCCGUUUUAUUAAAAGACAAAGAACAUUUACUUGAACAACUUGAAUCCGCACGCUUUUCUGUACAACAACUUGAAAGUGAGCUAGAAAAGACAAAACAAAAACAGAUAACAGAUGAAGAACAAAAACAAAAGCGUAAUGACGAUAUUAUUACGAUAGACGAGAGAGAGGAUGAUUUAGCGAAGAGAUCAGUCGAAAGCGCUCAUUUACAAAUGUUAUCAGAUGGAACUGAGAGAGAAAGUGAUUUAUUGAAACAAAAGCUUGAAGAACUAGAAGAGCAAAAAUAUCAAAACAUACAAUUGAAAAUGUCUGUCGACGAACAUAUUCAACAAAUAAACGUUUUAACAACAACCAUUGAAACACUAAAAACUGAUUUGGAUGAGCGACAACAAGAAAUCAACGAUCAGAAAUCAUUGAUUCAAACACUAAACGGCACAAUCAACGAUUUUCAAGUCAAGUACGAUGAGUUGACAAAGAAUAUUGAACAAGAUGCGAAAGAUAGAGAAGAGCAAGAUCAUUUGCGAGAGAAAGUCAAUCUCGAGCAUCAACAAAACAUUGAUAGUGUGAAAUUAGAGUUCCAGAAGAAGCUUGAUGAACAACAGGCAUUUCAAAGUGGAAAUGUCGACAAGCUUAAACAAGAAUAUGAUACAUUAAUCAAACAAAAAGACGAAGAGAUCCAGUCAUUUACUCAACGGUUAUCAUCUGAACAAACUCGUUGUAUGUCACUAGAAGAGACAAUUGAGAAUGUGAAGAAAGAGUAUUCAUUGAGUGAGAGUGAUUUGAAGACAAAGAUUGCUAAUCAACAAGCAGAUAUCGAUCGAUUAGUGGAAGAGAGAAUGAGAUUAACUGAUGAAAUAUCCUCAAUCAAAAAUGUUUUGUCAAAUAUUGAUCUAGAUAGUUCGAAGAGUGAUAGUAUCACUGAAAAUAUUCAAUGUUUAUCCAAUGAAAUAAUUCGGUUACGAGUUCAAAGUGAUAAUUGUAGGCAUGAAUUACAUUCAUUUUUCGACAAUGACACUGAAUAUGGUGAAAUUUCAAAGAUGAUUGUACAAAUGAAAGAUUCUUAUUUUAAAAUGGAAGAAAAGUCUUUAAAAUAUGAACAUGAGAUUGAUGAACUACAAAAAUCUGUUGAUAGAUGGAAACAAAUAAAUGAAGAUGAGGAGACUAAUGAACUAAAGAAACUUCAGGAAGAAAUUGAUUUGUUGAAGAAUGAAAAAAAGGAAAAACAAGUCUCUCUUGAUGAGCUGAAAUUGAAUGUUCUUCAAAAAGAAAGCGAUAUUAGUCAAUUAUCAGAAAAAUGUGAACAACAGGAAGUAACAAUAGAUAAUUUGAAGAAAAAUGUGAAGCACUAUGAGAUCAGAAGUACCGAAGAAGAAAUUGUUGUAAGAAUGAAUUAUAAAAAAGAUAUCGAAAAAUUAGAAAAUGAAAUUGAUACAUUGAAAGAGACAUCGAAUAAUGAACAAAAGCGAUACAUCGAACUAGCGAAUCAAACCGACACAAUGAAAAACGAAUACGAAAAUAAAAUUAAUCAGUUAACAACUGAACUUAAAGAGCAGAUGGAAAAAAUUCAAAAACUAGAUGAAAUAACAAAUUUACAAAUAUCAUUAGAUAAUGUCAGCAAAGAACGAGAUGCAAUUAGACAAAAAUAUGAUGAAUUGAAACAAACAACGUUAGUCAAGCAACAAGAAUAUGAACAGCAAGACAUUCAUACAAAAACGUCUUCUGAUGACCUUAUUCAACAAAUAAACGUUUUAACAACAACCAUUAAAACACUAAAAACUGAUUUGGAUGAGCGACAACAAGAAAUCAACGAUCAGAAAUCAUUGAUUCAAACACUAAACGGCACAAUCAACGAUUUUCAAGUCAAGUACGAUGAGUUGACAAAGAAUAUUGAACAAGAUGCGAAAGAUAGAGAAGAGCAAGAUCAUUUGCGAGAGAAAGUCAAUCUCGAGCAUCAACAAAACAUUGAUAGUGUGAAAUUAGAGUUCCAGAAGAAGCUUGAUGAACAACAGGCAUUUCAAAGUGGAAAUGUCGACAAGCUUAAACAAGAAUAUGAUACAUUAAUCAAACAAAAAGACGAAGAGAUCCAGUCAUUUACUCAACGGUUAUCAUCUGAACAAACUCGUUGUAUGUCACUAGAAGAGACAAUUGAGAAUGUGAAGAAAGAGUAUUCAUUGAGUGAGAGUGAUUUGAAGACAAAGAUUGCUAAUCAACAAGCAGAUAUCGAUGGAUUAGUGGAAGAGAAACAACGUCUAACCGAUUGGUCAUUGACGUUAAAAGACACUCUAUUGAACAGUGGUGUCCGUUUCGAAAAGAGUGAUGAUGAAAUUGGGAACUAUCUAGCUGAAUUGAUUAAUCAAUAUCAGAAACUGACAAGGGAACAAGAGUCAAAUGAACAACUGAUGCUUGAUUCUAAUAAGGAAAUUAAAAUGUUAAAAGAAAAACAAAGUUAUAAUGAGGAAGAAAUUAGUUUGUUGAAGAGUCAAUUGGAAAUAAAUUUAACGAAUAAAAAUAAUGAAAUUGAAUUAUCAAAGAAUCAAGAAAAACAAUAUAAACUACAAAUGGAUGAAUUAAAAGUUCAAUUAAAUAUGAGUUUAGAAGAAGCUGAGAGAUAUCAAGCAGCAGUGGAAACAUUGGAGAAUAAACGCAAUGCGAAACAGAAAAAAAUUCAAGAACUAACAGAACAUCUUAAAACAUAUUCAAAUGAAGUUAAUAGACUACAACUAAAUUUAGAGGAGAAAAAUAAAGAAAUUGAACAAUUGAGACAAGAUCUCCAAAAUAAAUCAGAUCAAAUGCAUGAACUAAAGGACGAAAUUGAUACGCUAAAACGUCAACAAAUAAUGUUGAAUGAUGAUAAUAUUGAAAAAGAGAGACUCUUGUUAGUGCAUAAACAAACAGCUGAUGAACUAACGAAAAAAGCCAAUGACAUUCAACAGUAUGAUAGUAUUAUGAAUAAUUUGAGAGAAGAACAAAUCAAAUUACGAGAUGAAAAUGAACAGGCCACAACACGAAUUGAACAAUUAUCUAUGGAAUUGGAAACGGUAAUAAAAAAGAACAAAGAUUUUAAAGAUGUUCAAAUGCAGAAAAAUUUGUUAGAAAAUCAAAUUGAACAGUUAAGAACAGACAAUAAACAAUUAUUUGAAGAACAUGAAGCGUUACAACAAAAAUUAAAUACAACAUUAAUAGAUAAAGCAGAAAUGGAAAAUGAAUUGGAUAAAAUACGAGUUCAGUUGCAAAAAACAGAAACCGUAUUGAAUAUAAAACGAAAAGAAGACGAAAUAAAGCUAAAACAAACAUUAGAAUUGAGUGAACAAAAUGUUAAACAUUUACAACACGAAUUGAAAACAUAUCGUUUUGAACUUGAUACAAAAUCAAAACAAAUGGAGGAAUAUCGUAAUGAAAUUAGCAUAUUGAAAACAAACAAUGAACAACGUGAAAGUAGAAUAAAUGUCUUAAAAAAUCAACAGAUUGAAUUAGAACAUAAUGAUAAUGAAAAAGAACGUCAAAUAAUUGAAAAAGAUGAAAAAAUAUCUGAAUUGGAAAUAGCAUUACAACAACAACAGGAAAGUACAACAAAAUUAAGAAAAGCUUUACAUAAAAUGAAAGAAUCUAUGACAAACAAUGAACAAACGCAAUCGAAAGAGAUUGAAAGGUGUUUAAAAAAAUUAUCGAUUGAAUACGAAGAAAAAUUAGCUGAACAAGAACGAGAUUAUAACGUGAGAUUAAAAACGGCAACGAAAGAAAUGACUAUUCAAAUAGAGGAGAACGAGCAACUAUACAAUAAACAACUAAAUGAACUUAUUGAGAAAAAUUAUCAAGACGAGAACAGUUUAAAACAAGAUAAUGAAAAACGAGUAAAUGAUGCCGAUCAACGAACAUUGAUUGUCCAACAAGAAGUUCAAAAAUUACGUGAUAAAUUACAAGAACGAGAAUUAGAGUAUCAUAAUACUUUGGCUGACCUUAAAUUGAAAAUCACUGAAUUGACACAAAAACAAGAAGAAAUGAUUCUUACUGCCACCGGCUCCAAAUUCAUCGAAAAUAGUGAUGAACAUCGAACAAAUAUAAAUUCAUUAAACAAUACUGAAAAAUCAUUUGAUGAUCAAACAACGACGAAUAAAGAUGAUUCUCACAGCAUACAUGUUUUAGCAUCAACUCAACUUGAUCAAAAUUCUGUUUCAUCUAAGUUGUCUUCCAAUAUGAAAAAUAUAUUAAAUUCUGACUGGCCAGGUGAAGGAUCAUUGAACAAAACAAAACUUCAAUAUAUUAUUCAUCUCGUUCUUUUAGAUGCUACAACAAGUCCCGUACGUUAUGGAUUAAAUGACAAUCUUCAUUCAUUCAUGUUUGAAGCAACAGAAGUCGAUUAUCUCAAACAAAUAGUUUUGGCUUAUAUGACCGGAACAGAGCCAAUCGUAAGUUUUCUUCUUGUUUCAUGAUGAUGUAUAUUGUAACUGAUGGUAGCUUCCGAUUAUUUAAAAAUUUACUUUCAUCGUAU